AUGGACAACCAAACAUCAUUUUAUGAAACCAAGAUACAGAGGAACCCAGAGCAGCAUAAACUAAUGUUACCACAAUUUCGUUUUCACAAUACACCAGUGAAAUCAGUUGAACCAAGUGAUAAUCGGUCUAAAAUAGUGAUGGGGAUGAACUGUCCAUUUGGCGGAGAACUGAACAGGCGUGUUCCGUGGCUCAGUGCCCCAUCCCCUCUGGCGGGCUGGAGAAAAGGGGCGAGCGCGAAGGCUUGCCAGCAGAGUACCUGUUUGCGGCGGCGGGAGGAGCCGCUGAAAAUAGAGGACGGGCAUCUAAACAACUCCUUGGGAUCUCCUGUCCAGGCAGAAGUGUAUUUUCCACGACUGAUUGUCCCAUUCUGUGGGCACAUCAAAGGAGGAAUGAGGCCUGGGAAGAAGAUUCUGGUCAUGGGCAUCGUGGAUCUCAAUCCAGAGAGUUUUGACAUCAGCCUUACAUGUGGAGACUCAGAGGACCCUCCUGCUGAUGUAGCUAUCGAGCUGAAAGCCAUAUUCCCGGAUAGACAGUUCCUCAGGAAUUCUUGCAUAUCUGGUGAAUGGGGAGAAGAACAGUCAUCUCUUCCUUACUUUCCAUUUAUCCCAGACCAGCCCUUCAGGGUUGAAAUACUUUGUGAGCACCCUCGUUUUAGAGUAUUUGUGGAUGGACACCAGCUUUUUGAUUUUUACCAUCGCAUUGAGAAGUUGUCAGCUAUUGAUACAAUAAAGAUAAAUGGAGAUCUCCAACUUACUAAACUUGGUUGACCUUGAAUAUACUUGUUAAAGAAAAGAAAAAACAGAAAAAACAGAAAAAGAAAACAACCAAAAUUUUAAAUUCCAAAUUGGCUCAGAUGCCACCAGCAUCUGUCUGGAGGAGAACAGAGAGCUAUAUGAGAACACCGUCUCCCUAACACGCAGGCAUCACCGUUUCAUUCCUAUCAUAAGCAGUACAGGAUGUGCUGAUGAACUGGAGUUCUCUUGGUCCUGAUGAAGAAAGUGAUUGAUGUCAAAUAUUGAGCCAUUAUGCUUCCUUUGGAACUGAUUUUAAAAAGCCUACCCCUGCUGGAUAAUCAAAUUGUAAUGGAUCUUGUUACUUACUUUGUUUAAACUGCAUAAGCUAUUCUUCCUCCCAGUGAAAGGGCAGGUUUUGAAACCAAGUGCUAAGUCUGAUGAUACACAACAAGAAAUAUGUUUUGUUUUGGAGGGAAAAUGUUCCUGCACUUAAGUGGAUUAGUGUACCUGUAACACAGAUCACAAGAGAGGGCCAAAUGUUGAAGUCAUUACGCAGUGCCUAAUGCUGGUGUCAUUCAAAUCCAUGGCAAAAGUCCCAUGGACCUUAUUGGUGCAAGAUUAGCAAGCUGUAACAGCUACAGUCUAGCACCACAUUCAGCACAUGUGCUCCACUGAAUCAGGGGCACUUGAGUAUGCUUAAUUUUGCACUUGAAGGCAGCAGGUUACUCUUGCUUGUACUUUGGAGAGUUGAUCACCCAGAAAAGGACAGCAACUGAAUAAUGGCUUUGGGAUUUGGCCUGUAUAUUUUUUGUCAGGGUAUGUGCAUAGAAUGUAGGUCAUUAAAUGUUUUGCACAAUGUAAUAAUAAUACAAUUUUGAAAGCUUUUC